GUGCGUCUGCACAUGCGUAGUUCCAGGGCGGCGGAACGGGGUGACCCUGAGUUUGAGAUCCUGCAGCGAUGCUGAGCAGGUUUCUAGGCCCGCGCUACCGAGAACUGGCUAAAAACUGGAUCCCCACGGCCAGCAUGUGGGGCACUGUGGGUGCCGUGGGACUGGUGUGGGCCACGGAUUGGCGGCUGAUCCUCGACUGGGUGCCUUACAUCAACGGCAAGUUUAAGAAGGACGAUUAGGCAGCCCCUCCUCCACCACUGGCCUCGAUGGUAUCCAGCUCCAAGGCCUUGGAAACAGCGCAGUCCUGUGGAGGGUGCUGAGGAAGGCUGCAGCGGUCACUCAGGAGCUUCCGCACUGAUGGACACUGGGGCUACUUGACGGGUGCGGCAUUAAACCUUGUCCUCCCACCUCGGA